AUGACGCCAAACUUAAAUGAGGCAAAACGUUUGGCGCACUUAGGAGUCCGUUAUGGGGAAAAUCUUCGGGUUACCGUAGCUGCCAACCAGGGAGGUCGAAAGUAUAUGGAGGAUCGUGUCCACAUCGAGACUGUCAGGGAUGAUGACGGUUCUAUUAGGUUCACAUUUUUUGGGAUCUUCGAUGGACAUGGUGGUCAUGAAGCCAGUGAAUAUGUCAGGAGAAAUCUUUUGAAUAAUAUAGUGAAAAAUGAGUUAUUUGACUCUGAUGAUGACGAUGAUAUCUUGGAAGCUAUAAGGCUAGGAUUUCUAACUACACAUCACGGAAUCUGGAAAGUAGUCUCCGAGUGGCCUCGUACCGCUUCCGGGUAUCCAAGUACUGCAGGAACUACUGUGAGUAUAGCUAUACUGAGAAACGGCAAGCUAUACACCGGCCAUGUUGGAGAUUCUGCUAUUAUUUUACUGAGGAGAGCUUAUCGUAAAGACAAUUCGGAGGAUCUCGUUCCGCACAGACUAACUAUCGAUCACAAACCGGAGAGUGAAGAUGAACAAGCAAGGAUUCGCAUAGCUGGCGGAUCGGUAGCGCUCAAAAGCGGAGUUGCUCGUGUGGUUUGGACGCGACCACUAAAGCAUCAUACCGGUCCAGUUAGGCGUAGCACGCCGACUGAAAGUAUUCCAUUCCUUGCGGUCGCAAGAAGUCUAGGGGACGUUUGGUCGUAUUGUGAGGAUACCAAAGAGUUUGUAGUUUCUCCUGAACCGGAUCUCGCUGUGCAAGAACUAACUGGCGAUGAUGUCUGUUUGGUUCUCGCUUCUGAUGGUUUAACCAAUGUCCUUGGACCCAUUCAGGUGGCUGCAGUUGUUGAUGAGGAGGAAUCCGUUACACAAAUAGGAGUCGAUCGUUGUGAAGAUUUAGUGUAUCGAAACAAACAUACCAAUCUUGCCAGAGUGCUUGUAGCAAAUGCUUUUCGUAACUGGCGGCAUCUCAGAGCAGACAAUGUUACUGCUAUAGCGGUACGUCCUGGAUUUAUUUCCGUUAAUUAUCUUUUCAAUUAA